AUGCCAGUCGAUCCUACUCAUGCUUUCAUUGCUUCUUUUGCUGCCUUCUUCAUAUCCAAAUAUGUUGUCAAUUCUGGUGGUGCUUCUUUCCGUCUUCCCCUCAGUAUAAACAGUGUCAACUCUAUGACUGGUCUCAGUGACAUGACUCAAGGUAUCCAGCGGUUUGUUGCAUGUGGCAAUUGUAACAAAGUAUACAAAGAGUCCAAUGUUGUUCCAGAGUGCUGUAAUUUCGAUACAAAGUGGAACAGUCUGAAGGAUAGCAAUGGUUUACCAUUUGUGAAUCAUGAGUGCUCCAUAAUGCUUACCAUGAACAUUGAUUGGUUUCAACCUUUCAAUGGGGUCACUUACUCUUGUGGUGCAAUAUAUCUUUGCAUCAACAACCUGCCAAGAUUGGAACGGUACAAGAAGGAGAAUGUUGUUCUCAUUGGUCUUAUGCCAGGGCCCAAGGAAGCAAAGUCAAUGAUGCCUACCAUACAGUGCCCAUCUGGUGCUCUUGUCCGUGCUGCCCUUCUUCUUGUUGUCUACGACAUUUUUGCUGUCUGUAAGACUUGUGGGUUCACCUCUCAUUCAAGCACAUGUGCAUGCAAUAAGUGCAACCAACAGUUCCCUUGCCUUCCAGACUCCAAUGCUGUGAACUACUCUGGGUUUGUGUUUUCUGAGUGGGUGCCUUGCACUGAUGCCGAGUUGUGGAGAAUGGCCAGCAGUGAUGCACAGAGAAAGAGAUUGGAGAAGGAAAAUGAUAGAUUUUCAGGUCUCAUCACAGAUGCACACUUGGCCGAAAUACAGUUGGAUGCUGACAAGCUUGUACUGCCAGAGGACUACACGCCAUUAGGGACAAAGAUCAGGCGUGGCUUCCCAUUCAUGAAGGCCGACAAGUGGAAGUUGUUGUUUAGUGUGCAUGAUAGUGAUUAUAUUUCAUAUGAUGAUAUCCUCAUAAUAUGGGAUAUAUCAAAGUCUUGGUGCUUGGUGUACUCUCCUGUUCUCCUGCGUGGUCGUCUACCUGAAGCUCAUCUUGGUAACUGGACAACGUUUGUUAAUGCAUGCCAGUACCUUUCAAUGCCAAGCAUAUCCAUGGCUCACCUUGAUGAAGCCCAUCAAUAUUUGGAGGCUUUCUGCAGAGAGUGCGAGAAGUUGUAUAAAGCCCUGUUCCUUUUGCCAAACAUGCAUCUCCAUCUUCAUCUUUUCGAAAGAUGCAAUGAUAUCUUAAAAAACUAUGCAAAAAAUAGAAAAGACGGAUUUGAGGGAACCUAUAUGAAGAAGUAUCUUGAAGAAGCAUACCAGAGAGAUCUUAUUCGCCAAACUUUGCCAAUAAUUUGA